UUAUGUGCCGCUAGUGAGCUGUCAUCGUGUGGGACGACAGAGGAUAUUCGACACUACAUGAAACGGACUGGCUGGAUUUCAUCAUGUAAGGGGGUUAAGAGUCGGCUGGUACCCGGUUAUUUCCUCCUGUGCGGUCAACUCCCUCCGCAGAUACAGCAGACAAACUCACUCAUCGGCUAAUCCGAAGACAGCGUCGAGAAUGGACGACUGUCCUCAGCAAACGCCCCUGUUUACAUUCGGCGUGAUCGCGGACAUUCAGUACGCAGAUAUCGACGACGGAUACAACUACAGCCGGACGAGGAGGCGGUACUACCGGGGCGGCCUCCAGCUGCUGAGAAAUGCCCAGGAAAGUUGGUCAGAGUCGCCUGUCAAACCCGAGUUCAUCCUCCAGUUGGGGGACAUUAUCGACGGCUUCAACAAAGACCACGGCGCCUCGGACCGAGCACUGGACACGGUGCUGAGAGAGUUCAGCUCCAGCGCCGUGGAGGUCCACCAUGUGUGGGGCAACCACGAGUUUUACAACUUCAGCAGGAGCGCGCUGCUGCGUUCAAAGCUCAACAGCAGCCCGCACGCCGACAGGAGCCUGAGCGGAGCCCUGGCCGGCACUGAUAUCUACGCCUACCACUUCAGCCCGUUUCCCGGCUUCACGUUUGUUGUCCUGGACGCGUAUGAUGUGAGCCUGCUGGGCAGAGAGGAGACCAGCGAACAGUACGGCGAUGCUUUGAGUCUGAUAAGACAGUACAACAACAACGAGAAUCUCAACUGCCCACCGGAGUCUGAGGGCCUGCAGCAGAGGUUUUCAAUGAUCAACGGCGGGUUCAGUAAGGUCCAGCUGGACUGGCUGGAUUCUGUUCUGUCCUCGGCCGACGAGAAGCGGGAGAGAGUCACAAUCGUCAGUCACCUCCCUGUACACCCCUACUCCACAGACCCCAUCUGCCUCGCCUGGAACUUCAACGAGCUCCUGGCCAUCAUACGCUCCCACAGCAGCGUGGUGUGUUACAUGUGCGGUCACGACCACGACGGCGGAUACCACCGGGAUAAAGACACGGGGGUGCACCACCUGACGGUAGAGGGGGUGAUCGAGACUCCACCUGAUGGCAAUGCCUUCGGCACGGUCUCUGUGUACGAGGACAGGAUGGUGCUGAAAGGGAACGGGAGGAUUGCAGAUCGAGUGUUUCUGUUUCCAGGGUGCCAAAGUGACGCUGAUCAUAGGGAAAAAUGACAAAUGCUGUAAUUAAGAUUCGUAGAGUACUGAUCCUGUCAGAGCAUGGUUAAUGGAAUGUCUUGGAACAUUUAGAGGAUGUUGGUUACAUUCUCUGAAGAAGUCAGGGAACUUGAUACGAGUUACUUAAAUAUACAUGCAGCUGUCUCCCAUCCCAUAGCAAAGGGCUUUCAUACCUAAAAAAAACACAUUCACAAAUGAAGAUGGAAUGAAGUUAUGGUAAUAGCAGCAGUCCAGUAAUGGUAAAGUAGUAUGGUUUUCUAUUCUUUUAGUUCUAUUUAAAGGCCAAGGUGUGAAUAUAUUUAAAGGUGAAGAACAGACAAUUUGUAUGAAAACUCAGACCCACUUAUGCUUUUUGUCCACUUACCUCAGCAGAACAAUUACAGUACCUCACAUAAUUUAUUGCACUUUUGAGUUUGGGUUGUUUUUUUUUUUGUUUUUGUUUUUUUUUUUUUGUUUUUUUUAAUAAGGACAAAGUGUGAUAUACACUAUAUGCUGGUCGUGUUUUAAUCUGGAGGGCACAUGACAGAAUUUGCAUAUUUAUAUGCACAUGUUUUAAGAAGCAAGUGAUUUUCCCUUGCAAUUGGUGCCUUUUUGCAUGUUGCAUAUUGCACAUACUGUAACUGAGUUUGUUAUGCUGAUAUUUCCUGAACAAUGUUUUGUGCAAUGUAGUGAGAUAUUUGAUUGGUGCAGUGUAACAAUAAGUGAUGUACUAACAGGUUUUCAGGUGAUAAAAUCAGCAAAAGAUGAGUGCAAUCUGUGUGGUUUGCAAUGUAAAACAAUACAGUGAAUAAUAAACAUCUUUGCAACUGCAAUAUUUGCACAGUUAAAUGUCCUGUAAAUGUCUCUGGAACCUUAUGCUGCAUUCAAGUUAUA